CAAAAAAUUGAACACACCAGCAGUGUGAGGAGACCUGAAAGUGGCACAUGGCAUGGCAGAGUGUGGCGAUGGAGACAGCAGCAAUGGGAGGCCGUACAGGGACCCAUGAGAGACUCUGGACCUGGCAGCAGCAUGAGGAUGCAGUAUAGGGGCCCGUGGCAGAUUAGGGGCCUGGCAGCAGCUAUGGGAGGCCCGUAAUCUGCCAGCACCCUAUGACAAAAAAUGGAACACACCAGCAGUGUGAGGAGACCUGAAAGUGGCACAUGGCAGAGUGUGGCGAUGGAGACAGCAGCAAUGGGAGGCCAUACAGGGACCCAUGAGAGACUCUGGACCUGGCAGCAGCAUGA